GCGCAUGCCACUACGAGCUAAAUAAGAGAAUAGACCGAGUCCGCACGCACGUUGCCACUCAGAUCAAGAGCUCGUGUUCACAUCCAUUGCCGGUUAGUAUAGCAACCGUGUACGGAGGCAGUUGCCAACCACCUGCGCUUGUUCAAGAUGUUCCCCCAUGAUGAUGUGAUGAAGGCAUCACCGUUGUCUGUUUUGUGUGUAUGUGUGCAAGAGGACCCGUGGACAUACACACAUACGCACAGCGGCUAAUUAAAAGGGAAAGUCCGAACGCUAAAUGGUUCAGUCUUUCAGCCAGGCACGCACAGCAUCAUGUGCUGUGUGCGGACCGCUCAAAACGGCAUCUCUCGUGGUAAACUAUGGAGUACAUGGAAGCAGGUGCUGAAGAAAACACAUGUGAUAUACCAUCGUGAGCCUCAGGUCGACUAGAUCGAACGCGCAGCGACACUAUCACCGACUGAGGAUCUACAUGCCCUGGGCAAAGCUAGCAAAUUAGUACUGGCUGUACUUUUCUGUGUGUGGCAGGAUUGGCAACUGCUUCUUGCAACUUUUUUGAACAAGAUACUGUCCCUUGCUGAUGCGUAGUGAUGCUCAACUUGGACUAGCGGCCGGAAAUGGAUGCGGGAACUGAAAACAGAUGAACACGGAAUGCAGUUGGACUUCUCAUGAUGCUGAUAAUCAUCAACAGCGGAAAUCCUCACAUUGCUUAAGGAUGUGCUGUUAAUGAAAGUCCAUAAGCAGGUGGACUUAGCACAACCGAAGGAGCUCUUCGUUUCAAGUUUGUACUAGAGCCAUGCGUCUGCGUCAGAAGACUCCCCAUAGCAAUAGUAUCUGAAGGGAGACGCCAUAAAUCAUUUUCAAGACAUUAAACCGUGUUUUCGUCGUUCACAACAGAAAAACUAUUGACCUUACACAAUCUGCUCCAUAAGUUGACGCAACGUCGAGCUUGCUAUCGUCAUCAUUAGAUCACUGGAUAAGUACGAAGUAACAUCCCAACUGUGCCGGCCACCGAUUUGCAAUUCCUCAGGCCGCCCGCGAGAGAGGAGAGGCGGGUGAUUAUAACUCUCCCCCGGGAUACAAUCGAGAUUUCAAAACAAGUUGGUUCCGCCAGAACCUAAUAAAAGUGUGCUACUUGUUUGGUCGUGUUGUGUGGUUCCUGCGCUGGAGUCAACCACGUGCACCGCGUGUAUAAUUUCAGUCUCAAGUACUUCUCGCGCCCUUAUGGCGUGUUUGUGUACAGCGUGUGUGAAGUUGAGGUUAAUCACAAGACAUGGAUCAGGACUGAUACAGUUUUUGUCCUGAACCAGAUUUGAUGCACGGCAAAAUGGAACUGGCGCUAGGAGCUCGCUAUUUGGACCCACGCUUCGCCCUGUUUGUGUAUAUGGUGGCUGGAUGGGUGAUAGCAGUUCGUACUCUCGAAUCUGACAUCUAUGGUGGACAAGAAACGGCAGCCGCAGAAGAACUUCAAGUCCGUCUUUCCGGGGGCUUUACCCCAAGCGAAGGACGGGUAAUGAUCUUCGCAGAGGGACUAUGGAGGGCAGUGUGCGACACAGACUGGGGACUGCCCGAUGCUGAAGUGGUCUGUCGUCAGCUGGGCAACGGCUAUGCAACGAUGGCUUGGAGGGGUGCCCAUUUCGGGGAACUCACGGGCCCGGGAGACGAGUUGAGGAUAAUUUUGUCCUGCAAGGGGACGGAAAAAGAGGUGUCUGCAUGCCCACGCCAUCAAAUUUCUUCCCAGUCUUGUGGGAAAUUUAAAACGGCAGGUGUCCGUUGUGGAAACGUAUCAGAAUUGAAAGAAAAUCAAGUUCGUCUUGUUGGAGGAAUGACGCCCAAUGUUGGUCGAGUGGAAGUUUUUCAAAAUGGAACAUGGAGCGUAGUUUGCUUGGGAUCAUGGGACAUGACGAAAGCCAGUGUUGCAUGCCGGGAACUGGGUUAUCCUGGUGUCAUCGCGGACUGGGGUAGAACUGCGAUUCAUUCGGAUCAUGCGGGGAUCCUACAAAAAACAGUCAAUUUUAUGUCGUGUUCUGGGCUUGAAAACAAGAUUUUUGACUGCAAGGUGGGCAUCCCCGGGAAUUCCCAGUGCCAGGAGCCGGCGACUGUUUCCUGUGCAGCUGACGAUCCGAACGGUCUUUUGCCGUACGGAAUUCGCUUGGCCGGGGGUGACCAACCUAACAAAGGUCGGGUGGAGAUUAAUCUCGGAGAUUCCUGGGGGACAAUUUGUGACCAGGGGUGGGACCUGAGAGACGCCACUGUCGUCUGUCGACAACUCGGCUAUCCGUACGCUGCGGCGGCCGCCAAGGGUGCACACUUCGGCCACGGCACGGGACAGGUCAUCCUCAGUCAAGUCAGUUGCUCUGGACACGAGAGGCACUUGCUGGAAUGCCCAAGGAGUGGCAUUGGAGCCACCAGUUGUCUGCAUGAUAGAGACGCCGGCGUGGUGUGUAGCCUUGAUCACACAGCUAAUCCGGCAGGUACUAUGGUGCGACUCUCUGAGGACAGUCAUGGUUUUGUUGAAUUCUUCCAUGAUGGGCAGUGGUGGCGCAUAUGCGGCCACGAAUGGGACCAGAACGAUGCGUCGGUUGUUUGUCGGCAACUUGGCUACCACUCCUCCAAGAACAUCUCUCCUUUGUCUGUCGAAUCAUCUACCCGGUCUGGAGACGGUGGUGAGGAGGACGCCCCUGCGUUGCUAGACAGGAUGCGUUGUCAUGGUAACGAGUCGAGUCUGGCGUUUUGCCAACACGAGGUUUUGGGCCCCAAGGUGUGUCAGACCUCCACUGCUGCGGUGGAUUGCAACGGAAACAUGCCACCGCGCUCCAGCGAACCAGCCAAUUCCAUUCGCCUUUCCGGUGGUGCGUAUCCCAUGGAGGGCCGCGUAGAGAUCUACAUAGACGGUGCCUGGGCGACUGUGUGCGGUGACCGAUGGGACAUGCUGGAUGCUGAGGUAGUCUGCAGGCAGCUUGGUUACAGCCAUGCUACCUCGGCAUUGGUUGGGGCACACUUCGGCCCGGGAUCCGGACCAAUUGUCUUAGACGAAGUAGAAUGCGUCGGUGAUGAGGAAGAAUUGACUGAUUGUCGAGCCGAGAAGAUGUAUCAGCAUGAUUGCCAGCACAGACAGGAUGCUGCCGUCAGGUGUGAUAAUCGUCAGGUGUCACAAGACUACUCUAUCCGAUUGUCCGGGGGAGCUACUCCUAACUCGGGCCGGGUGGAGGUGCUUCUGGGUGGUUUGUGGCAUACAGUUUGCGAUAUGGCCGGUACAUGGGACAUCAGGGAAGCUCGGGUCGUAUGUCAGCAGCUGGGAUUUCCAGGAACGUUAGCCCCGUGGUCAAAAAUCAUCGGCGUGUUGGACAGAGCAUGGCGAAAGAGAAGCCUGGAGUCCGUGGAGUGUCUUGGGAAUGAGUCUAAGAUAGCACAAUGCAGACAUGGUGCAGUAGGAGGGAUGGACUGUGGCGGAUUGGAGCAUGAGGCGCGGGUACUCUGUGAACCACGACCAAUAGGCGAGCUCCCGUAUUCUCUUCGACUCGAAGGCGGAACAACCGAGAGAGAGGGAAAGGUUCGGAUUCUCCAAGACGAAGACUGGCUCCCGAUAUGUGGAGAUAACUGGGAUAUUGCAGACGCACGGGUGGUUUGUAAGCAGCUCGGUUACCACUACGCCAAGAGCGCCACCACCGUCCGUGAGACAUUUGUGACGGGACAACGGCCGCCAACUGACAACAAUCGCGCGGGAUUCAAAAGAAGUUUUCCCCACGUGCGAGGCUUGUCUGGGUUUCGCUGCACGGGACAUGAGGAUCACUUACUUCAGUGUCAUUACAGGGAGGGUCAGAAGGUUGGGUGUGGUCAGGGUGUGGUCGCGCAUGUGGAGUGCAGUGAUAAACCAUCCAUACCAGCAGGUGAGCGAUUACGGUUGAGUGGCAACGCCGAUGAGAACGAGGGCCGUGUGGAGGUCUACUUUGACGGUAUGUGGUGGAAGAUUUGCGGUGAUGACUGGGACAUACGAGACGCAAGUGUCGUCUGCCACCAGCUGGGUUACCCGUCGGCCCUUGCGGUUUACACGCUGGAUGACACGCUCCCUGACGACGCUAUAUGUGAAAAUACCUUGAGGGAGGACAUUUUGGUUGAGAAUGCUAACUGCGACUUGGAGUAUCUGAUGAGUGACUUGCAGUGCACUGGGAACGAGAGCAGCGUGGUGGACUGUCGACAUGCCGGGUUUGGGCGUCAAUACUGCACUCUUGACCAAGACGCGGCUGUCUUAUGCGAUGGAAAGCGGACCAAACUGAUCUUCGAAGCCCGAUUGGGUGCUAGCGACCCUAGACAACCGUACGAGGGGCGAGUUGAGCUCCACCACGGCGGCCACUGGUGGCUGGUAUGCCAGGACGGCUGGGACGAACACGAUGCCACGGUGCUGUGUCAUCAGCUAGGGUUUCCCGGAGCAGACACUUCUGACCUACAGCCGUCAUACAAGGCUAAAGGCAGCACGGAUGGCGUAAGGUUUCUCCUGGAUGAUGUGCAGUGUGACGGAACAGAGGAUGACAUAGCGGAGUGUUUACAUAGCGGGGUGGGCAGAGGGAGGUGCGACAGGCAGGUAGCGGCGGGAGUCAGGUGUGCAACAGAUCCACUCAUGAUCCAAGGUGAAGACAUCCGUUUAAUUGGUGGUGAUAGCGUGCUAGAGGGCCGGGUGGAGGUCUAUCAUGAUCAUCGUUGGUGGACUGUCUGUGAUGACAAAUGGGACAUUCUGGCGGCCGGGGUGGCGUGUCGACAACUCGGUCUGCCCUCGGCUGUGUCGGCUGUUUUCGGCGCCUACUUCGGCAAAGGACGGGCAGAUACUGGCAUACUCUUGGACGAGGUUGACUGCAAGGGUUCGGAGGGCAAUCUUCUGGAGUGUGCUCACCAUGUCUUAGGAGAGCACGACUGUGAUCACACACAGGAUGCUGGAGUCAAAUGUUCCCCUCCAACGGUACACCAUCAGCUGAAGCUUCCUAAACCAGUACGUCUUGUCGGAGGCAGCAACACUACGGAAGGCCGGGUGGAAAUCUACCAUAACUUUCGCUGGUGGACGGUCUACAAGACUGAGAACCAGUCAGACGAUAUGAAUGCCGCCCUCAUCGUCUGCCGCCAGCUGGAUUUCACUUCAGCUCAUGAUGUGGUUCCUGCCAGUCAGUUCCAGGAGGCACCCAAGUAUACACGACCACUGUUAGCAUUGGUACAGUGCAAGGGUUCGGAGAGGAACCUGAGUCUAUGCCAGCAUGAGGAGCUUGGAGCCAGGGUCCAGGACUACGAUCACAGCCAGGAUUUGGCCAUACGAUGUAUUGACAGUGAUGGCACUUCUGGGACACCAUGGAUUGCCCCGACGCGACGAAAACGAUCGGGGCCAACCACACCCGUCCUUGCAGUCAUCAUCGCAACGGUCUUUGUGACGGGAUUCCUGAUUGGUAGUUUGAUCCUGUAUCACGUGUACAAGGCGUGUGAUCGGUUUAUGUCCCGCCAUCCAUCCAUCAUCAGCGGCCGCGCCGUGCAAUCACCACACACAGCCGCCAAUAUAGACCAGCCAGAGGUUGGUAGGGAGGCCAAGGAGUCGGCUCGCAACAAGGACAUGUUCAUCGAGUUGUACCCACUGCCACCGGCCCCUGAAUGCGAGGAUUCUGAUACAGAGGGUGGUGAAGACAAUGAGUACAGUGACUGGAACGCCACGCCCAUCAAAAGGGAACUUAAUUCACCCCCGCCUCCAAAUACUCCAGACAUGACAUAUGACGGCACGCUUGUUUAGCCAAUGUAGACUGAUGUGGUCGUCGUACACAAAUGUGUUAUGAAUCAUUUACUAGACAUUAUCUAUUUCGUUUCGGGAGUAAUAACAUUCAAGUGAGUCGACUUUAAUUUUGUUUGACGAACGAGAAGUUCCUGGGGCUUGCCUACAAUGCACGGUAAAUGGAUAACAAACUUGCGACAAGCUAGACUGAUGACUUCGGAAAUUUGUCAAAGCUCCAGUGCGCGCACUGCUGAUUUUGGUGUUUAAUUGCUUUAAAGAUCAUGAUGAUAGUAUACAUUUGUACUCCCACUGACAAUCAUCACUGCUCUAUUGACAUAUUCGUUACAUUUUAUAUGUUGUUAUACUAGGUGCAGACAGGCAGACAGGCAGAAAUGAGGCUGUUUUUCUUAACUCGAACGACAGGGUUAGAAUUUUAAUAAAUUAAUGCUGAGUUAUUGAAUCUUAUGCACUGUA